UAGGGAGAGAGCACAGCACAGGUUUUUCAGUGAGUGAGCAAAACCACGCUCCUCACUCACGUUUUUCAUUUCUUCAACUUCCAAAUUCAUUCAUUCAACCCUUUUCUUUUUCUUUUUCUUUUUCUUUUUCUUUUCCCCUUUCAAAUCCUCUUCACAAAAAUACAAAAAUUAAAUUAGGGUUUCUAAUUGGGAGCAAAAGUGUUGAACUCACUCACUCACUUCGCGGGAACAAGGUCAAGAAGAAGAAGAAACUGCAUUGAAUUAGGGUUUUUCAUGUUCUGCGAAUGCCGAGUUUUGAUGUCUGAUGAAUGGAGAUUUUCUCUGCCUUAUCGGAACCCUUCCUCGUCGCCGUUAUCGUAACCGCUCUCUGCUUCUUCCUCGCACUCUUCUCUCUUCUCCGCCCAUUCUCCUUCCCCUCUUCUCUCAGGAAGAAAUCCACUCCGCCCAGAAAACACUGCGAUUGCGCCCUUUCCGAUUCCGCUGCUGCCGUGCCCUACUUGAACGGCGGUUCCGCUGAAAUGCUGGAGGCGAGCCACGCUCCGGUGGCGCCUGUCGUGUUGGCUGAGCGACGGACGGGGUCGUCGAUGAUGGAGGAAUUGGUUCCGGAGAUUACGACGCAUGCGUUGAGUUACUUGGAUUAUCCCAGCUUGUGUCGGCUUUCGAUGACCAAUUCGUUGAUGCGGAAGGCUGCUAAUGAUGAUAAUGCCUGGAAGGCCCUUUAUCACAAGGACUUCACCUGGGAACAAGAUAGUAUUACUCCAGUGAAUGGGUGGAAGGCAUACUAUGCUGCAACAAGAGCAAUUGUGAAUAUUAAUACAGAAUUCUUCAACAUCAUCAGAGAUAAGUCUAUUCCAGCAAUGAGUCGUUUUUGGCUAAAUGCGGAUUACGUAAAGUGCAUUCAUGCCUCGGGAGAACUCUUUUCAGGGUAUAACGCGGUAAUGCAGAGUUGGCAGCUUGUAUUCAACUGGGAGCAAGGAUUGAACUUUCAGGUUCGGGAUGUACGUGCUCGAGUGUUGACUGACAUGGCUUGGGUUACUAUGAAAACAUUUGUUGACAUGGACACAGGGCCAUUCAACGUAACCAAUGUCUUUGAGUUCCAUAAUGGACGGUGGUAUAUGGUUCAUCAUCACAGCUCUGUGAUGAAUGGGGAGGUGGAUCAAUAAUAGAUUGUGCAUGGAUAAUAGUGAGAGAUGAUACAUUGUUAUGUCUGAUACUGGUUUCAAAAAGGUGGUUUUAUUUGCAGAUGCAAGAUGCUUGAAAUUUUAGUAAUUACUUUAGAAGAUCCUUUUUCUUUUGUUUCCAA